CCACACGCACCACUGUGCAGCGAACUUUCGACUCGGCACUACGUUCAACACACAGACAAUAAAACAUACAUUAUUAUAUUAUAAUAAUUAAUAAUUAUGCUUUUAUAUCAUUUGUGACUAAGUGAGUCUUUCUAACUGCAGUGGUGAAACAUUUUUAAAAAUGCAACUUACGGACGUUUUCUGCUAUGUUCUACUGAUGAUAACAACAAUAUCCAUGUACGUCGACGCUGAAAAUGAAAAUGGCCUCUCAGAGAACAAAACAGAAAAACGGAUAUCUAAGCGCGAGGCGGCAAUAUACAUCGACACCUUUCCAGUAGAGCCUAUGUACCAACAGAGGCCUAGAGUAAUAUACAGACGUAUUUCUAAACAAAGAUACCACAGUCCAAAACCUAAAUACGGACCUCCACCAACAAAGUAUAGAUCGUCCAAACCAUGGAAACCAUCUAAGAAGUACAGAAGAACAACUAAACCAAAGUACGGUCCACCAAGUUACAAAAGGUAUCCUAAGCCAAAAUAUGGACCUCCGAAAACGAAAACUCAUAAAGUUGUUUACGGCCCACCUAAGAAGGUACCGCUCAAUUCAUUUUAUCCACCAGAACCUAUUAGCUUUGGGGAACCACCUACAGGUAACGAAGAAUAUCAAACUCCGAACCAAAGUUUUGGUGAGCCCCCGACGGAUUCCUACGGCGAACCUAUAAAGGAUCUUUAUAUACCUGAAGAUUUUCCACAAGCCACAAAUUUCCCGGACACAUUUGUAAAUUUCAACGAUUUUAACACAAACUUUAACUAUAAAUCAUGGCAGAACUAUCAAAGCGAUCAGAAUCACAACAUCGAUAGCAACGUUGCUUACUCUAAAAAGCGUCCUAUGUACGUUAAACCUGAUCCCUCAUUCGUAGCACAAGAUGAAGACUUCGAUCUAACGCCAGCGUACUCACAUAGAUACAAACAGAGAGAAGUUUUUACAGAUCUAGAGCCGUUACCAUUUGAGAAAAAAAUUAGUCUUCGCAACGUAAAUAAGAGAAUAAAAAUUAAACCACACAGACCACCAAAACUAAAUGACCCAGAAUCUGAAGCUGAAGAAGUUUUGGUUGGUGGCCGUAAUGCCGAACCACCGGAAAGAUAUGUACCCAAGCUUACGAUAUCUAAAUAUUCAGAUGACAAUGAUUUUAUGCCGUUAAAAGGGUACAUAGAUCCCGACAUAGCAUUAUCAGCAACAAUGUCUCCCUAUGUUAAUUACAAAAAUACCAAUAUGGCGUUCAGUCCACAAAAUUUAAAUGAUGCAUUUAGUAUAGUUGAUAAGUAGUUAAUCAGUAAUAUAUAUUAAGUAUUAGUAUAGUGAUACUUUUAAUUAAUUUAUUCUUACGCUAUUGGUACAAAAGUGAAGAUUUGGUGAACAUCUAUGGUGAAUAACAUAAGCCGCUUUCUAAAUUUUGGUAAACAACAUGUCCAAAGGUUAACUUUAAUACUGGAUUUACUAGUACGCAAUGUAAUUAUUAUAUUUAAGUUUUCUUUGUAAAACCGACAUCACCGGCAAUGAUUGUUGUAUGCAUAAAAUAAAAGAUGAAUUUUGUA